GACAUUGCCAUCUUCCGAAUUAUAGCGUCAAUUGAAGGAAAACUUGUUUAAAUCGAAGAAAAUUAAUCAAAGUCUACAUUAAAUAAAUCUUGUGCUUUGAUUCCAAUCUGUAUUGCUUCAAAUUUGCAGCAUAAAUUCUUGUUUAUAAUAAAUAAAAACCAAACUUUUCUGUGAAAUUUUCUGUACCAAGCCAUUGUCAGGGGAAUAAAGUGCAUUACAACAACCACAAAGAAAAGGAAGCUGUUGGUGUUUUCACCCUACACACAACAACAACUAGUUGGCCUUACAAAGUGAACGUCGACAACAACAACGGGUAUUUGGGCAUUAUGUCUGCGCCUGAAAUUGAAAUUGCUAAUAUAGGCAAUUUUGAGAAAAUCCAAAACUUUCUCAACGAUUCCGCAUACAAGGAGAUUUUGGAGAACAGUGAAAACUAUAAUACACGAUUAUGCAUCGAAAGACGCUUGCGAAUGCCUUUUCUCGAUCCACAGACUGGUGUGGCCCAGACACAUUGUGCCCUAUUUGUUAAGCAGAAGCAGCGAAUGCCUGGUUUUCGUGAAGGUCAGAUUUAUACAUAUCCUUCAUCGAGAUGGCGCAAACCGAAAAGACAAUAUUUGCACAAUCAUCAUCAUAGCUAUCGUCCGUAUAUGUAUCGGGAAACGCAUCACAAUCAUCAUCAUUACUCAUCGAACAGCGGGUCGGGUGCUUCCAGGGAUCAUCAUCAAAACGAAAAUGCAGCUUUAACAGCCGAUGGCAAUUCUAUGAGUGCCUCAGGUGACAAUGACAGCAAAGAUUCCCAUGCUAAUGCUGAAAAAGAAUGGUUCCAUGAUGACAUGGAAAUGUCAUAUCAUCACCAUGAAGAUUUUGAAGAUGAUUUUGAAUCAGAUAAUGACUUUGAUGAAUCCUACAGUGCGAGGGGCAAACGUAAACGUGGUACCGCUGGCGGUGGCGGUACGAGAUGGCGUAGAUCAAACGCUGCAUCGGAUGGAACUCCAAAGCGUGGACGCAAGGGAGGCGGCACUCGUCGACGCGGUGGAGCUAAUCCUGAUGGCGAAGAUCCCCCACGACGUCGUCGUGGCGGUGGUGGUUCGAAUACCUCAUCUGCAGCAGUGGCAGCUGCUGUUGCACCCAAUGUAGCUCCCACAACUAUAAGUCAUUCCAAUUCUGCAUCACCCAUCACAAAUACCGAUGAUUCCUCGCAACCCGGCCUCACAUUGCCUUCCAGCGUUAAUAUGAAUGCCCCAGUGACAGCUCCAAUAGUUCCACCAACAAUGGACAACUCUUCGUCGAAUGCAACCGACGCCUCAAUGGGCUUACCAACCGACAGUAAUUCAUCUAGUGCAGCACCUUCAGUACCACCAGUAACUACAGCAGGUGCAACGGCUGCUUCUGUUCCAACAACAGCUGCAACAGCUACAGUACCAGUAACAGCUGGCGUUAGCGCUACAACUGCUAGCCCCAGUAAAGCCGCUGGCAAACCAAAAGGACGUUCAAAUUAUCGUGAAGUGGCUCAGCCAUCACCAUAUUGCGAUUUCUGUUUGGGCGAUCAACGUGAGAACAAAAAGACUAACCUACCCGAAGAAUUGGUUUCAUGCUCCGAUUGUGGUCGUUCGGGACAUCCAUCAUGUUUACAAUUCACACCCAAUAUGAUAAUUUCGGUCAAACGCUAUCGUUGGCAAUGUAUUGAAUGCAAAUAUUGUUCGAUUUGUGGUACUUCCGACAAUGAUGAUCAGCUGCUGUUCUGCGAUGAUUGUGAUCGUGGCUAUCACAUGUAUUGCCUGUCACCACCACUGGUAACACCUCCCGAAGGCUCGUGGAGUUGUAAGUUAUGCUUGGAAGAAUUCCACAAAACCGAACCAGCAGAAAAUACCAAUUAAAUGAUAUUCAGGUGUACAACAACUCAAGGCAACAAACAAAUGGAAUAUUGAAACUCAUUAAAGUUUACAUACCUUUUUUUUAACGCGUAAUUUAAGUUCAGUUUCUGUUUAGGAUACCACGGCAGCUUUGUAAAAGUUCUUACAUUAAGAUUUAACUUAAGAAAAUCAAUUGAUUUUAUUUUUUAUAAUCAUUAUCAUUUUUAACCAGGUGGUAUUUGAAUUUAAUAUUUCGUUUAAGAUUGAGUAACACUUUUUUGUGCUCACAUUUUAUGUUAAUUUAUUUUAGUUUUGUCCUUUUUGAGAGUAAAAAAACAAACUCACAUCUAAUCAAAUUGUAUUCCAAUGAAAUAUCGUAUAUAUUUUAUAAAUAGUAUUCAUAUAAUAUUGAAGCAAUAACGCUACUUGAAACAAAAGUUGAAAACACACUAUACGUACGUAUGUAAUUUCUACUUCAAAUAAAAAAAUAUAAUAAACUGCUGAACAUUUAAAGGAA